AUGCCCCCAAAGCAGAACGACCAGGGCGCGACCAAGGCGGUCCUAACCGACAAGGAACAGGAGCUCUUCCUCUCAUUGUUCAAGCACAUGAAGUCCACACCCGACUUCGACUGGGAGGCGGUCCGCGAGGAGAAUGGCUUCAAGACCGUCGAGGUCGCCAAGAAGCGUCUUUACCAGGUCAAGAAGCAUCUCGGCAUCACGGACGCGCCUGCCGCCGAAGGCAGCGCGUCGCCAAAGGGUGUCAAGAAGAACCCUGCGGCGGCCAAGAAGCGUGCUGCGACCAAGGCAAAGAAGCACGCCAAGGAGACUCUCGAGGAGGAUGCCGAGGACGAGGCCGUCGUUAAGGAUGAGGCCAUCCGUGGAGAUGAGGCGGACGAGGGUGUCUGA